GGCUUGUUGCGACUAAAAAUUUCUAAGAAAGAUUUUGGUUGAAACUUUUUACUACGUUAGGUACCCUUCAGUCUUCCACAUGCCAUUAUAUUCUUCUCCCAUUGUACGAUAAGAUGCACCGCGCCUUGUCGUCAAGAUGGCUCAAUACCGCACUUAACCUUGCAGAACACCCAAGAAGAAUCGAGUUACCUUUGUUUUUAUGUCCGUCCCUAAAUCCUGCGUCGUAUCACCAGAGACUUGGUUCUGCCGCAUCGUCUUCUCGAGUACGACCUUCACGAUGGAGGGUACAGCAUCGUUGUCUGCACAUGCAAGCUGAUGCGUCUCUAGAAGACUCAUCACUUCCUCCAAGUGGCUCUCAGAAAAAUUAUUCUAUACAAAGGCUGCCAAAACAAUGCCGGGGUUGUGGUGCCUUGUCGCAAACUACCUUUCCUAACCAACCUGGAUAUUAUGAUCUGAGUCGCAAAGCUGUUCGAAACUGGAUCCGGCCUGAGGAGGUGAACCGUUCUCGCCGUGAGGAUAAAGUCUACGAAGAUGCGCUUAAGCACUUCGAUCACGAGGAGCUGAAAAGGAAGGGGGUUGACGUGGAGGCGCUUAUGCUAAGUAUAGUUCCUCCAGAGGCAAACCAACGACCACCUCCAAAGGUACCCUUGUGCGAUAGAUGCCAUUCAUUACUGCAUAAUCAUGCCGGAGAGUCGAUAUACCAUCCUUCGAUAGAAUCUAUCAGGGAUACAAUCCUCGAAUCCCCAUACAAAUAUAAUCAUGUCUACCAUGUUCUCGACGCUGCCGACUUCCCUAUGUCCCUACUACCGCAACUUUCGCAUCUGCUCGACACCAUGCCCCUGAGGACCAAGAACCGCCGUGCCAGUACGGGAAAGUUCUAUGGUAAUCAGAAGAUGGAGCUAAGCUUCGUGAUAACUAGAUGCGAUUUACUCGCGCCGACCAAAGUUCAGGUAGACAAGAUGUUUCCAUGGUUGCAGGAGGUGCUCCGGGAGGCUCUUGGACGGACGGGACGUAAUGUGCGUCUAGGUAAUCUAAUAGCCCUUAGCGCAAAACGGAGUUGGUGGACCAAGGAGCUGAAGGAAGAUGUAUGGAAACGGGGUGGUGCUGGUUGGAUGGUCGGCAAGGCAAAUGUUGGCAAGAGUCAACUAUUCGAAGCUAUCUUUCCCAAGGGCAGAAUGACUCUAACCCCUUCGAGACAUCAAAUUACGGUUGAAAUGCACGCAAGGGCAUCAAGCAAGGACGCAACUUCAAUGGAGAAGGCCGGGACCCAGCCAGAACUAGCCCAGGAAGACUUGGCAGGUCGGGAGAUAGAAGAUAUAGAGGAAGAGGAGCUUGAUGAAUACGCCCUUUUGCCGCCCGCAAUCAAGGAGACUAAUUACCCAGAAAUGCCGCUAGUUUCCGAUCUACCAGGGACGACAGCAUCGCCAAUCCGGAUUCCGUUUGGUAACGGCCGAGGAGAGCUAAUCGACCUUCCUGGUUUAGAACGCACUGGUCUUGAGAAGUAUGUCAAGAAGGAACACCGCUUAUCUUUGGUUAUGCGCUCUCGAGUCAUACCAGAACAAAUGACGCUUACACCAGGUCGGUCCUUGCUUCUUGGUGGCUUCAUCCGCAUUACCCCGAGAGAGCCAGGACCAGUCAUGUUAGCAUAUGCAUUCACACCAAUCGAAGCGCAUGUUUCAAGGACGGAGAAGGCGAUUGGAAUCCAGAACCAGACAGGCGAGGUCAACGUUGAAAAUAUAGCAGUACCAGGGACUGGCGAGAAGACAAAACUAGCAGGCUCUUUCGAGCUCAAAUGGGACGUAACAAAGAAACGGACUGGACCCUUAAUGAGAAAAGAUGCCGUCAACUUAAGUAUAGACCGGCUACCGUACCGAGUUCUGUCUACUGACAUCCUAAUUGAAGGUGUGGGAUGGGUAGAAAUCACUGCUCAAGUGCGCACGAGGCAUCUUUUCAAGGAAAGACAAGUGUCGGACACGCCGCCUGUUGAGGAACCCGAAGAGAAAAGGGAACUUUCAGCAUUAGAAAGGCUAGAAGCUCUUGUCGAAGGUCCUAAAAAGAAGGCACCCCCUCCUCCCCCUGUUGAAGAGCAAGGCGAGAAUGAUGAACCUAACUGGCCUAUCGUGGACGUGUAUAGUCCCGAGGGCAAGUUUAUCUCUUCUCGUAGGCCCAUGAACGGUUGGAUGUUAAACAAGCCGAAGGUUACUGCGGCGUCGAGGAGAUCCCGGCCCCGAAGGAGUAUGAAGGGUAGGAAGAAACUUGAGAAGAAGCGGAGGCGGGAGAGAGAGGCUACUGCUAGCUCUUCGUUUUGAUAUUAUCAUAGCUCACCUCUAACUAUUAUACGUGUAAAGGAAAUAAACAUGUACUAUAUAAAAUACAUGAACUGUAUAAAUCUUGUACCAUGCGUGUAUUAGGUAGUUUCAUGUAGCUUUGAAGAUGCAACUCUCUCUCUCUUUCUCAC